AUGGUGGGAUCUUGUAUAGUCACAGUUGUGACUACUGUUCAUGAUGCCAUAAAACGUACAGAAGCAGAAACCACUGCAGUAAAAAAAUGUCCAGGCCAAAAGGCUAUUUUUGAUACAUCUGCAUUAGAAGAACUUAAAAACUUACAAUUUUUAUCAAGUCAUAAUAUCAGAGUUUGGCAUACUCCUGCUGAAGAAUUUAAUGAGUCAUGUCUCGUUUCUACUAUAGGACCAAUUAUUCCAAUUCAUGGUCAUAUAAAUGGUGAAAUAUAUGUCAAACUUAUGAGAAAACAUGCUAUUCCUGCUAUAUGUAUUUCUAUGUUACCUUGGCUACUGCAGAGCUUAGACUUAAACCCACUAGAAAACCUUUGGCAGAAGGUUAAAAGCCACUUAUGCAGUUCCUUGAAUAAACCUACAAGCAUUAAAGAUCUGGAAGAAAAAGUUAAGACUGCUUGGAAUUAG